GAAUCUUGAUCACCCUGUUUCAGCUUGGGUGAGCAAUCAACUGUUCCCUCAGUAUUCAGUUGACUAUUGAAAGUGGAAAUUCAUAGGUGUGUGUAGUCAAAAGUAGUAUAUGUUGUUAGUAGUGAUAUAAAAUAUACGGCCGAAAAAUGGCGGAGCGAUCAAAAGUGACGGCUCCAGUUAGCCGGCCUGUGCCAAUGAAGCUUUUUGCCACUUGGGAAGUUGAUCGAACUCCACCUAAUUGUAUUCCUAGAUUAUGUACGUUGACUCUCACACGUCUUGUCAUUCUUCGUCCACUGGGCGCUGAUUUAGCUUCUAUUAGUAUAGCAGUAAAAAUGCAAAGUUCUAAACGAACAUUACGUUCAAACGAAAUGGCUAUUCCACCAGGUGGUAUUCUAGAUACAGAGUUGGAAUUACAAUUUGCUCUUCAAUAUCCUCAUUUUCUCAAGAGAGAUGGCAAUAAGCUUUUAAUUUUGCUACAAAGAAGAAAAAGAUAUAAGAAUCGUACAAUGCUAGGAUAUAAAACACUUGCUGAAGGUGUCAUAAAUAUGGCUCAAGUGUUACAAAAACAAAUGGACCUAGAAUUGGAACUUGUAUCAGAUAAAGCAGAAAAAUAUGGAGGUCAUUCUGUAGUAUUGGCUAAAUUGAAUGUUAUUGCUUUGAGUUCUCAGCCAGUUGAUCAAGAUAAGAGAUUAUUAACAGAUGCAAAUGAAAGAUUGUGCCCAGAAUAUAGUGAUGAAGAGGAAGAGUACAGUUCUGAAGGUGAAGCUGAAGGAAGUGAUAGUGAGCCUACCUUGGAGGUACACCGAAGAAAGAGCAGAGGAAAAAUGCCAACAAAUGCAAGGCAAAGGAAUUUAAAACAAAAGUUUAUAGCGUUAUUAAAACGCUUCAGAGUUUCAGAAGAGCUUGAACAUGAUCAAGAAGAAAUAGGACAAAAACUCUCAGGUGGCGAUAUGGAAAUCGAAGAACUAUUUGAUGAACUCGAAGAUCUUUCAGACAGUGGUCCAGAGUUGGAUACAAUGUCUGUAAGCAGUACUCCAAAACCUUCUCUGAGACCAUUUUUUAGCUCUAGUCGAUCUCUUCUUGCUCCUCCUCAUACUGUAGUUACGCGAGAGGAGAAUGCAGUAAAUCCAAUGACAGCACCUGCUGGAAGCCAAUCAUCUUCAAGUCAACCUAACAAAGAAAAAUCCCGUAUUGGACACACUACUCCAGAACGCGGGGGAGACAGACAAAGUGACGAUAGUUCGAGACGAGCCGACAGUGAUUCACAUCCGGAGAAUUGGACGGAUCAUGAAGCAAAUGAUUUACCAAAUACAAUCCCCGGUUCACCACCAAAAUGUGAACCCCAACAAUCAAAUAAAAGUGAAAAUACUGAGAGAAGAAGCCGACUUUUUGCUCGAGAUCGAGGAACUCCUGGAAGUAAUAAAUCUAAAAAACACAGUCUCAGUGUUGAUCUUAAGCCUUCUGUGGAACUGAAUAAUACAGAGCCUAGAAAAGCUCUUGUAGAACAACUUAGCCGAGUCUUACCGGAUGAUUCAUUACCAGAAGCAGUUUCUUUGAUAUCAUUAGCAGAUCCGGGUGGUGCAGCAUUAGCAGCUCGACUUCAAGAACGAAAUAUUAAAGUUCUCACUACAGCAUCGCCAGCAGAUAUUCGAGCAACGUUUACUUGCUUGAUUGCUAGAAUACAAAAAUUUUGCAACAGUUCAGUUAAACCACCUGCACCAAUAAAAGUAGUAACUGCCGGUGGGGAUAGUUUUAUCAAUGCUGUUUUGAGACAUUAUGUUGAUCUUUUGAGCUUCAGACCACCUGAUUGGCAAAACUAUUUAAGAUUUCUCAUCGUUCCAUUAGGAUCAAAUACUUUAUCAAAAUAUCUUGCAUCUAUAGACAGUAAGUAUUCGAUCCUUUUCGGAGAGGAAUGGCGAGAAUUAUUGGAAAGAGAAGUUAGCGGUGCAAGUGAAGCAGCCGUAAGGGUAUCAGAAUAUUUAGCAACAACAGGGCCUACUCUUUUGUUGCCCAUAGCAGAAGCUAUGGUAACUUAUAGGGAGACAGAUGACAGUAGUCAAAUAUUUAUUCCAUUCAUAAACGAUGUACGUGUUGGAUGCCCAGAUAGUAGCACUUCUGCAUCUGUUGAUCUUGAUGAAAAUACAGGAAUUUCUUCUGGUUCACCACCGUCUUUACCACCACCCAGUUUAUCUAUUCCUCCACCAGGAAGACUUACUCCCCCAAGUAGUCCAAAUGUAAGCCAACCUCGAGAUGGUUGGGAACCUGUUGAACUUCAAGUUGAUUACUGGAGUAAAUCAGCGUUUGGUGAUAAAGGGAAAAGUAGCUUGAGACAAGCUUUUCGCGUUCUUCAUGUUCAAAGGUUACCAGCUGCCACCGAAAAUCCUGGAUCAUGUCUCUCUAUGAACUAUACGACAAAAGAAAAGAAACAAAAAAUAAUGAGACUGGGAAAGAAAAAGGAAAAAGAAAAAGAAAACGAACCCAAAAGUCAAACAGUGGAUGGAACAAGGCUAAUUUGUUCUGCUAAAACUCACAACAUUCCAUUGAGAGUGACUAUCGAUGGAACCGAGUGGUACGGUGUGAAAUUCUUCCAACUUUCAGCACAGUGGCAAACGCACAUAAAAACAUUUCCGGUAGCUAUGUUGGUUUAUAAUCCACUUCAACAAGCUACCAAUCUUACUUAAAUUUUUUUUUUUUCCAUAUUAUUUUCUUGAAUUUUAAUUAAUUUUAAUCUAUAGUUUAAUAUAUUAUACUUUGAUGAUAUAUAAUCAUUUAGUACUAUUAUUUUUAUGUGAUUGAACAUAGUAAACGUAUCAUAGUACAGUUGUGCAAAAACUCAGUUUGUUAAAAAAAUCCUUUUGUUCUAUCAUCUACAGUUUAUCGAUUAACUCAAUGAAAUUAAAAAUACCAUUCAAUAUUUUUUUAUUGCUUUCUACGAUUCAAUAAUCUUAAGAUAAUUAAUGAUAAAAUGAAUUGAAAAAUAUUGGAACUAAAAAAAAAAAAAAGUAAUUAUCGCAAUAUUUUAUCGCUAGGACUUUUAACGAUACCUAAUAUAAAGAAGUGUAUUUUUUGCUCCCAAAAGUUUUUUGAGUAACAUAUUAAUUGCAAUAACUGCCUAAUGCCAAAUUGAACAGAAUAAAAUUAUUUUAGUAGCUGAUUUGAUUUAAGAAAAACAAUUUGAAUAAAAGACUUAUAAAUUUUAUUAUAACUUAAAUUUCUUGCUAGUCUUCAUGUAAUUUCUAAAUCACAAGUACAUUAGAAAACGGUGUUUUUCAGUUUACGCAUUCUGUGAUUAUUAAUUAAUAAAAUAAUAAUAAUAAUAAUUCAAAAAAAAAUUUCCUUUUUCGAUAAAAUAACUUGUUGCAAUAAAUAAUUAACAUGUAUUUUAUAAUUGAAUUGAAAUACCGAAUGGCCCUGAUGUACUUGAGUGACUGCCUCAUUCAUAACCGUCAGUUUGCUGAAAUAAUAUUCAGCAACGUAUCUCGUAGCGUAAUAAAUAUAUCUUAUUGAGUAUCAUUAUUAAUUCUAUAUUAAUUCCUAUUUAAUGAUGAAAGAUGAAUUUAUUUGCUAAGCUUGCACAAAAUUCUUACAAUUUUUAUAUAACAUAAAAAAGCAAUGAUUUUUCAGCAUACAUAGUGAUAAUAUUUAAUUGUAU